AUGGAUUAUCUUCGUCCUCUUUCCAACGCCAUGGCCGACCAACCCACCAUUCAUGUCCCCUUGAUCCUCCAAUUCAUCUGUGAACUAGCCGACUAUGAAAAAGCCCUCCAUGAAGUUGAAGCAACCGAAGAAUCCCUCCUAGCAACCCUCUCCUUCCCUGGUACCCCGCCCAGGCGCGGGGCGGUCUAUACAGCUCUCAUUACCCCGCCGGCUACUGCCGACACACCGAACCCGAUCCCCGUCGGCAUGGCCUUGUACUUCUACAACUACUCAACCUGGAGAUCUGCCCCCGGUAUCUACCUCGAGGAUCUGUAUGUGCAGCCUAGCGCGCGGGGUAACGGGUACGGCUUCAAGUUGCUCAAGUACCUUGCCAAGCAGGUGCUGGAGGCAUCGGGUCGGCGAUUGGAGUGGAGCGUGCUCACAUGGAACGAGCCUAGUAUUAGGUUCUAUGAGCAGGUUGGUGCGCGCGGUAUGGACGAGUGGAUGAAGAUGAUGGUUGAGGGGGAUGCGUUGACUCGUUUGGCGGAGGAUGUGUAG